AACAUGAAGCCUAAAGAGAUAUUAUCGAUGAUAGAGGAGGCGGCUGGAACGUCUCUUUACGAGAGUAAGAAACAAUCUGCCCUUAAAACUAUUGAGAAGAAAGAUAACAAACUAACUGAUAUAAACAAGAUACUAGAUGAAGAGCUGAACCCUACUCUUGAGAAGCUGAAAGCAGAGAGAGCGUCCUAUUUGGAGUACCAGAAGAUACAGCGACACAUAGAAACAUUAACCCGACUAGUGGUUGCCUACAAAUACACACGUGCUCAACACGUGGACCAGAACGCAGCGGGGGAGGUGCUGUCUUUACAGGACCAGAUAAACACCGUGGAUAACGAAGUGGGUGCAAGUAAGAGUGAGAUAGAACGGCUGAAGGAGGAGAUCUGUAGAUUGGAACAGACCAGGAAAGGACAGGCUUCUUCUAAGUUGGAGGAGCUGGAGACUGAGAUGACGGACAUGAGUAAGAGGGAGGUAAAGGCUACGUCAGAUCUGGAUAACGUGCUGGACGCUGUUAGACAGGAGGAGAAGGAGAAGGAGAGCAUGUUGAGAAGUAUCGCUAACACUGAGAAACUCAUCUCUAAUAAAUCAGAGGAGUUGACAGCAGUGAGAGAAGAGGCAGAGAAGUACAAGGAGUUGGAGGAGAAAGAGAGAGGAAACGUGGAGAGAGCAGAGUCUAACUACACCCAGGUACAAGCGGGACAGAUGGAGGGAGAAGACGGAGAGCAGCUGACCUACACUGAACAUCUGAUGAAGCUAAAAGACUCGCUGAGCGAGGCACAGACAGCAAACCAACAAGCUAACCUGAAACUAGCACACUCUCAGAGCACUAUAAAGAAGAUGGAGAAUGACUGCAAGAAGGCGGAGAGGGAAAUAGCCCGGGAGAAGGGCGAGUUUGACACGGCUGUAACAGUUGUGGAAGGUGUGGAGAGGAGAAUUGAGAAGCUUGGCUUCUCUCAUGAAGAGGUGCAUAGUGAGCUACAAAAUGAGAAAUGUGAACUAGAAAACAAGGUGGCUAAAGCUUCAAAACAGGUAAACGAGUUAGUGAACAAGUUCCCGCAACUCCAGUUCGACUACGUGUCCCCAGACAGGCACUUUGAUAGGUCCCGUGUAAAGGGACUGGUAGCUGAUCUCUUCACUGUACCGGAUAACCAGUACGCGAUGGCUCUAGAGGUUGCCGCUGGGGGGAGGUUGUAUAACGUGGUGACAGACAACGAGGACACCAGUGCUCUGCUCAUCAAACACGGCCAACUCCGCAGAAGGUACGUCAUGAUACCCCUCAACAAGAUCCGCAGCAAUGUUAUAGACAGGGAGGUGGUUAACAGUGCCAAGAGACUGGUCGGUGGGGACAACUGUCACCUAGCUCUGGAUGUCAUCCAGUUUGAUAAACAGGUGGAACCGGCCAUGAAGUUCUGUUUUGGAGGGGUUCUCAUCUGUAAAACUAAGGAGCAAGCUAAGAAAGUAGCAUUCGACAAGUCAGUGAAGAGGAAGGUUAUUACUCUGGAGGGAGAUGUAUACGAUCCGGCAGGUACUCUAACGGGAGGGUCCAGGAACACUUCUAGAUGUGUUCUUAAAGAACUCUCUGCCUGCAAACAGUCCAGAUCUGAUCUCACUCAGUACAAAGAGCAGUACAGACAGGUAGAGGGAGAGUUGAGUAAAAUGGAAAGAGUUGUCCACGAGUGGGAGGAACUGAAAGGUCAGCUGAGGCUGAAGAAGCACGAGCGUGAUUUAUUAGAAGAAAGAUUGAAGCAGACCUCUCAUUACAAGGACAUAGAGGAGUUGAGGAGGACUAAGGAGGACCUGGCAAAGCAAAAGGAAAUUGUAGAUAAUUUUAACGACAAAGAAAAGAGUCUCUUAAAGAAGUGCGCGGAAGUGGAAGCUAAGAUGAAGAACUUCAAAUCUGAACAAGAGAAAGAACUGAAGAAGUCGGAGAGGAGGAUAUUAGACGCAAAGAGUAAAUUAAACAAGUGUUCGAAGGAGGCGAAAGCAAAGGUGAACAAGUUGAAAGAACUAGAGUUGGAGGUGAGCAGUGAGCUAGCUAAGGAGCUGGAGGGUCUGCGAGAGCAGCUGCCUAAGUGCGAGGAGGCUAUAGCUGCUGCUCAGGAGCUUGUUGAGGGAGCCCAGUUAAAGCUGACUGAGUGCGCGGCGGUGAGGGAGGCACUGGCUGCUGAACUUGGGGCUCAGCGUGAACUGAUACAACAGUGUUCUGCUGAGAUAGAAAACUUUGUGAAGGAGCAGAAAGCGGCGGAGAAGCUGAUAAGUAGCUGCGGGAUAAAGCUGAAGGAGCUGACCCACAAGCUGAGUAAACUGAACAAGGAAGCGAGCGAAGCAAAGCAGCAGGUCCAGUAUUACCUCAACAACUAUGAGUGGAUUGCUUCUGAAAAACAGUACUUCGGACAGAGGGACACUGCCUACGACUUUGAGAAACAGGACCUGAAAGAAAGUGAUAAGAAGUUGGAGCGUCUGAAGGCAAGUAAAGAGAAACUGUCCAAGAAUGUGAACAUGAGAGCAAUGCACCUGCUAGGAGAAGCGGAGAAACGUUACAUCGACCUGGUGAAAAGGAAAGACAUUGUGACUAACGACAAGCACAAGAUAAACAAGGUGAUCAAGGAACUGGACGAGAAGAAGAACCGGGCAGUUAGGAGAGCCUGGGAGCAGGUGAACAAGGAUUUCGGCUCUAUAUUCUCUACGCUGCUUCCUGGAGCGAGGGUUAAACUGCAGACUUUGGAGGGGAGACCUGUUACUGAUGGUUUAGAAGUCAAGGUAGGGUUCGGUGAGGUAUGGAAAGAGUCACUAACCGAAUUGAGCGGUGGACAGAGAUCUUUAGUGGCCCUCUCUCUUAUCUUAUCUCUUCUUCUCUUCAAACCCGCUCCUCUAUACAUUCUGGACGAGGUGGACGCAGCGCUAGACUUGUCCCACACUCAGAACAUCGGACAGAUGUUGAGGGCUCACUUCAAACAUUCUCAAUUCGUCGUGGUAUCCCUCAAAGAUGGCAUGUUCCAGAAUGCUAACGUUCUCUUCAGGACGAAGUUUGUAGACGGAGUAUCAGCUGUUACACGACACACUCAACAUUCCUCCACAAAACCUGUUCUGUCUGAGAAGGAGAAUAUUCAGCCGCUCGCUAAGAAAAAUAAAAAACAAAAGGUUUAG